AUCUGAAAUUUUCGGAUGAAAAAUUUCAUAAACCGCGUCUUUUUUUUCCCCAAACCUUCAAAACACCAGAAUCCUCCCUAACACCCCUCUCACUCACCUCCCUCAUCACUCUCACUCUCAAUCUCUCUACCGCUGCUCUCCCAAACUUUAACCGACGAAAGCUUUCAUACAAGGCUUUGCUGAGAAGCUGAAAGAGGGAGAGAGAGAGAGGGGGAGAGAGAAAGAAAGAGAGAGGGGAGAGAGGGUGGAUCGUUCGGGGAAACCAGAGAAGAAAAAGAAAAAGAAGGGGAGAAAAAUCCUCGAGAUGAUGGAGGCUAACGAAAUCUUGAACCCUGUGAAAAGAAUUGGUGAUGUUCCAGGAAUUAAGGUUGGGCAUCAGUUCUAUGCACGGGCUGAAAUGGUUGCUGUUGGUUUUCACAGUCACUGGCUGAACGGGAUUGAUUAUAUGGGGCAGAGUUACAGUAAAGGGGAGUAUAGGAACUACACGUUCCCAGUUGCAGUUGCCAUUGUUUUGUCCGGGAUGUAUGAAGAUGACCUUGAUAAUGCUGAUGAUGUUGUGUAUACUGGUCAAGGUGGACAUAAUUUAACUGGCAAUAAGCAUCAGAUCCAAGACCAAAAGAUGGAGCGUGGAAAUUUGGCGCUCAAGAACUGUGUGGAGCAACAUGUGCCUGUUAGAGUCAUUCGUGGCCAUGAAUCUAAAAGCAGUUACACCGGUAAAGUUUACACAUACGAUGGAUUGUACAAGGAGAAGAGCUGAGUAGCACCGGUUGACUUGACACCCAUUUCCUUUUGAUGAAUAACUUGACACCCA